AUGACUAAUACUACUCUCCCCCCCCGAUCCCCAAUGGACUACAUUGAACUGUCCAACUUGGACUUGUCAGAUUUCGACAACCCUGAGUCAAGGAAGAAACUCGCGCGGCAGUUCUACGAUGCUGUCACGCAGGAGGGAUUCGUCACUGGCAUCUAUGUGGGUUUCAAGACUGCCGGAGGACUUGGUUUUCACAAAGAAUCGGACACUCACAGUCUCAAGAUCGACUUUUACAACAUGCUCUAUCAAGACAGCAAAGCAGACAGAAAGCACCCUCCUCACCUAAUUCCGUACCUUGAUGAAAUCCGAAAGGUCAUGCUCCACAUCCGCGAAAAUAUCCAGAAGAAGCUAUUCAUCCUGCUAGCUAUGUGUCUCGAGAUGCCGGUUGAUGAACUCAUGGCUACUCAUGCGCCUGGACAGUCGAGCUCCGAGUAUUAUCGUUACAUGAGCUACGCGCCCUUGACUCCAGAAGCUACGGCCAAGGCGCGUGGUCUCUUCAUGCCGGCACACGCGGACUGGGGUACCUUUUCCAUCCUCUUUUCGCAGCCAGUCUCUGCCCUACAGAUCCUGCAUAAGUCCAACGUCUUUAUAUGGGUUGAGUAUAAGCCGUACACUCUCAUCGUUAACGUUGGUCAAGCACUAGAGCUACUCACGGGCGGGCUCUUCCCAGCGACAAUCCAUAGGGUCGUCACGCCUCCUAAGGACCAAGUUGACUGUUUGCGAGUUGGCAUUUACUACUUCUCACGCCCGAAUGACGACUUCCCUCUAGCUCCGCUCCACAACUCUCCUGUACUCAAGAGACUAGGAAGGAACAAGCCGCUAGACCUAGAUGUCACAUAUAGUACGGUCGAGUUUCUUGAGGCUAAGAAGCAUGGGUACCUCAAGCCAGACCUGGAUUUUGACAAGCCAAAAGACAAGGACCUUCAAGAUGAUCCGUUUAGGCAGGGCGAUAGGUUCGCAGCGACGGAGAAGGUGCUUGCUUCUAUCACCAAAGUCUCGGCUUAG